UGAGAACGGCCAUUUUUCUAAGCAGAAGAGUUGAUAGGUCCGAAAGAAAAGAACCGUUCAAGGAUAUGGAGUCCUUGAUUCCUGUUAUAAACAAACUCCAAGAUGUAUUUAAUACAGUGGGACAAGAAACCAUCCACUUGCCGCAGAUUGUAGUUGUCGGCUCGCAGAGUUCAGGUAAAAGCUCUGUGCUGGAGAGUCUGGUAGGGCGUGACUUCCUACCCAGAGGUACAGGGAUAGUGACCAGGAGACCCCUGGUCCUCCAGCUGGUCCACCUGUCCAAGGACAACCAUGAGGACAGGUAUCAGGAUGGAACAAAACAAAAAGAGAGAAAGAGGAUAGAUGCAGAGGAGUGGGGACAGUUUCUACAUACAAAAAGCAAGAUUUACACAGAUUUUGCUGAGAUAAAAGCUGAAAUUCAAAAUGAGACGGAUAGGAUGUCUGGCACAAAUAAGGGCAUCUGCUACGACCCAAUCAACCUGAAGAUCUUCUCCCCAAAAGUGGUCAGCUUGACCUUGGUUGACCUGCCUGGGAUGACCAAGGUGCCCGUGGGGGACCAGCCAGUGGACAUCGAGACCCAGAUCCGUGACAUGUGCCUCCAGUAUAUCAGCAACCCCAACGCCAUUAUCCUCUCUGUGACAGCCGCCAAUACAGAUAUGGCCACAUCAGAGUCCUUAAAAUUAGCCAAAGAGGUAGAUCCUGAUGGUCGCAGAACUCUGGCUGUGGUCACCAAGCUUGACCUGAUGGAUGCCGGCACAGAUGCCAUGGAUGUCCUGGCUGGACGGGUCAUCCCUGUGAAACUGGGCAUCAUUGGAGUGGUCAACAGAAGCCAACAGGACAUACACGAAGAGAAGGACAUAAAUGAAUCUAUGAAAGCAGAAGCAGCAUUUUUACAGAAGAAAUACCCCUCUAUAGCCAAUAGAAAUGGAACACCUUAUCUAGCUAAAACACUUAAUAGGUUACUCAUGCAUCAUAUCAGAGACUGCUUGCCAGAUUUGAAGACCAGAGUGAAUAUAUUAGCUGCCCAAUUCCAGUCUUUACUAAAUUCUUAUGGUGAAGUGGUGGAAGACAAGAGUGCACUUCUGCUCCAAAUCAUCACCAAGUUUGCCUCCAGUUACUGCAGUACUAUAGAGGGCACAGCCAGGGACAUACAGACCACAGAGCUUUGUGGUGGUGCCAGGAUAUGUUACAUUUUCCAUGAGACGUUUGGCAAAACUCUCAACUCCAUAGAUCCACUGGGAGGCUUGACCCAGCUUGAUAUACUUACAGCCAUCAGGAAUGCCACUGGCACACGGCCAGCGUUGUUUGUCCCCGAGGUGUCCUUUGAGCUGCUGGUGAAGAGACAGAUCAGGCGUCUGUUGGAGCCCAGUCUCCGCUGUGUUGAACUGGUCCAUGAAGAACUCCAGAGGAUCAUACAGCACUGUGGAACACAGAUUCCAAGUUAUGGCGGACAAACACAGGAAAUGAUGCGCUUCCCAAAACUUAACGAGAAGAUAGUCGAUGUUAUGACAAGUUUACUGAGGAAGAGGUUACCUGUGACCAAUGAAAUGGUUGAAAAUAUAGUCGCAAUUGAAUUAGCCUACAUCAACACCAAACACCCUGACUUUGCCGAGGCAAGCUUAAUGCAUAGGACCCUAGUAGAAAAUAACGUAGGGGAUUUAUCCAAAGAUUCCAGUGGAAGAAACUUUGUACAGGAAGAGAGAGACGUAAGGGCAUUACCGUCUGGGCCACAGUCAGAAAACGUGAAUGGCGGUUCAUGGAAAAUCUCUAAUUGGGUUCGUGGUGGCAAGGUGGAAAGCAUGGCACCCGAAUUCUCUCCUCAGCACACAGGCAGUGCCCCUGGGUCUCCGGCCACCAGGGGGGUGCCGGGCAAGGGGGUCAACUUACUCCCUGAGGUGCCAACGCAAACCCCUGUCCGCAAACUGUCACAAAGAGAACAGAGAGACUGUGAUGUCAUAGAGAGACUUAUCAAAUCCUACUUCCUCAUUGUUCGCAAGAACAUCCAAGACAGCGUUCCAAAGUCCGUAAUGCACUUCCUAGUCAAUAACGUAAAGGACAAUCUCCAGAGUGAGCUGGUUAGUCAACUCUACAAGAAGGAACAGAUUGACCGGCUGCUGGAGGAGUCAGAGCAUAUCGCAGCCAGGAGGAAAGAGGCGCAAGAAAUGUUGAAGGCACUCAAUCAGGCAGGGCAGAUUAUCAGUGAAAUACGAGAGACCCAUCUAUGGUGAUGUCAGUCUAGAGAAAGUCUGUCUAUUGAUGAUUACAGGGAUAACAUUUACUUAUUACAAGCACUAAACAAGUGAAGCCAUAUCUGGGUUCAAACUAGAAGCCCCCACCCCCCGUAAAAAAAAGUUAUUGACUACUACAGACUAUAAACUAACUAUAGACUUAUUACUAUAAUUAUAAGCACAAAAGAAGAGAGGCCAUUUUAUUAAAAGCCAAGCUGUGAGGUGAUAUGAUACAAGGUACAAGGAGCACUAAAGGCUUGAUUUCAGGCGGCAAUUAAACAGACAGUAGUUUCCUAGCUGACAAUAUGGUGCAGGUGUGAAAGGUGGAUGCACUUCAUGGUUGUUGAAUUAAGCCUGAUAUUAACUAAAACUAGGUAUUUUACAGUGUCUAGGGAGUUCAAAACCUUAGAUAAAAUAGUACAUGACUUUAUCUCUGAUUAAUUCCGGAAAAAGCAAGACUAACUUUAGUAAGACUAAAUAAGAACUGCGUGAUUUCAGGGGUUUUUUUUCCUUGGCUCAUGAGUAAAUAAGAUUGAUGAGUUUUUCACAUGAUCAAGCCCACUUGAUGUAUGGUCAACAUGUCAUGACCCAUAGGUAGAGAAAAUGUGUUUGUGUCUUAAUUAAGAAACUAUUUACUUUUUUACCACUAAAUUAAUAAUGUUAGACUUGAAAUUGACCAUUAAGGUUCUGUUGAUAAAACCGAUGCAGAUAUUAUAGAAGUGCUUUAAACUAAAAUAGGUAUUACUCGCACUGCAGCUAUCUUUUACAAUAUUGAGGGGAAAAAACGUGAAUGGAAAAAUUGUCAACAUGGUUUGUCAUUUACAUGUGAUGUUAUUUAUAUCCCAGUAUCGUGUUAGCAUAAAAUAGGUCCUCUUUUCUAUUAAGUUGCACAUAAUGUGUAGUUGCUUCAUACUUCAGUGUUUUAUUUAUGUCUCUGUUGCAUAUAUGUUUACUUGUUUUGUCAUUUUUGAAAAUGCCAUAAUAGUAGGUAGCACAUCAUUUUUGCAAUUAAGAAAUAAAAGUUAUAGUAGCCUCUGAGAAAUUAGACCAUCAAGUACAGUGAAUUUCACCUUUCUCUUUGGAAGCUGUAAAAACUAGGUGAUAUUCAAACUGUUGGUGAGAUGCAAUUUGUGGUAGCAGUGAUACAGAGAUUUGCCCAGUAGAAAUUAAAUGGAUAAAGCCAUCAUUGAUUAUCAAGCAAAAUUUGACUAUUUUUUUAUGAUAUUUCAUAGGGUAACUUAUUUUUGAAAUGGCUUGAUUACUGAUUCAGAUUUACAGCUUUUUUUUUCUGCUGAAAUGUUCAGAAUGUCUCGUGCUAUUUCUGAAAUGUGAAAGUUGAUAUAUGCAAUAAAAAAAUUGUCUUUGGGAAUUCAUUGUGUACCGCUGUAUAGAUACUGGAAGUAAAACAUGAAAAUAAUGGGUCUAUAGAAAAAAAGGAAGGCUACUGUACACAGGAUAUAUGGUGCUGUAAUUUUUUAAAAAUAAUUUAAGUAAUUGACUGGCAACUUUGAUAAUUUCCAGGCAGUGAUAUGCAGGGGCGUAUUGAGGCUGUCUUCUGGGUCUUCUGGAAGAUGGUUAGAUUUUCAGAUUUACAGUGACAGGUAUCUAAUUUUUUUCUGUCAGAAAACGGUCAAAAAUGGAGGAUGUGUCAAUGUGUCAAGAAAGACAAUUUGGAAGACUGUCAGAAAACGUUUCUGGAUCUGCCCCUGCACUGUACUCGGCACCAUCUAUAAAAUGCACGCCUUGGGAAUUUUACUAGAUAUAUUUAUCAGUUGUUGGUGAAAAGAUUUGUAACAGAACAUGACUAAAUGAAAUUUGGUAAUAUAGUGCUGAUCAUUACUAGAUCUCUCAAGGUUUGCCAAAACAUGUUAAGUGAAUAGAUUUGGAUGCUACAAGUUAAUGUCUGCAAAAAGUUUCAUUUAGUUCUUAUUUGUGCAACUCCUAAUAUACUUAAUAAUACAAAAUGGGUUUAUUCAAUAUGCCAACUGACUUUUUUUCACAUUUUAGUUGUUAUGUACAGAGUGUUGUUUCUUUUUAUUAUUAUUUUUUUAAUUUGUUACAG